AAUUUCACAAACGCUCCUGCUCGUGCACGAUUCUCGACUCGGGCUCGCUCUUUAUAAGCGCGUCCGCGUCGUGCAUUCAAUGUGCAAGUGAGAGGUUCAAUCCGUCACCAAGGUCCGUUGAAUCCGAAGCAGACGAUCCCAGAGCUACAACAAUGGCCUCCGGAGUGAAAGUCACAGAUGAGGUCAUCGCCGUCUUCAAUGACAUGAAGGUGCGCAAGGCCCAGGCCAACGAGGAGGAGAAGAAGAGGAGGAAGAAGGCCAUCCUGUUCUGCCUCAGCAAGGACCUCAAAAAUAUCGUUCUGGACGACGGCAAAGAGAUCCUCCUAGGUGACGUAGGAACCACCGUGCCAGAUCCGUACGAGAGCCUGGUGAAGAUGCUGCCCCCAGACGACUGCCGCUACGCCCUCUACGACGCCACCUACGAGACCAAAGAAACAAAGAAGGAGGACCUGGUCUUCAUUUUCUGGGCUCCAGACAGCGCUCCCCUGAAGAGCAAGAUGAUCUAUGCCAGUUCAAAAGAUGCUAUCAAGAGGAAAUUUGAGGGCAUCAAACACGAGUGGCAGGUGAACGGUUUGGAGGAUCUGAAAGACCGACACACCCUGGCAGAGAAGCUGGGCGGCUCAUCAGUAGUCAGCCUGGAAGGAUCCCCUAUAUAAAUAUUUGUCCACUUUUCCUCCAGCUUCAACUGAAUGAAGUUUUCAGACACAUCUGUUGGGUUUAGCUGUUCAUUCCAGUUUGGUGUGGAGACGGGGAAAAAAACAGAACCAGCAUUAUUUCAGGGAGGGAAUGUUGUGGGUGGGUUUGGGGUCAAGUGAUAGUUUAAAAAAAAAUACACACACACACACACACACACACACACAAAGAAAAGUGCAGCCUGUCAUUCCAGUCCAUGCAACAUUUAAAAAAAAAGCAUAUGAACAAAACACAAAAGAAAUAUAAAAAUACAACAGAGGUAGGAUGAUGAUAAAAAGUAAAAUACACUUAUUGGUCCUGUGUAAGAGCAGGAUUUAGUUCUUUCCAGGUUGCAGAGGAAGGGACUGACAUCAACCUUUUAGUUUUCCAACCACUGAAUCCUGAUUAAAAAAAAAAAAUUUCCUUUUUUUUUUUCUUUUUUUUUUUUUUUUUUUUUGGCCAAACUUCUAGUUAAGUUUUGUAAGUGUGUGUGUAGUUGAGACUAGGUGUAGUAUGAACUAAUUCACUCUUGCUUGCACAAGGUGUAUCAAAACUUUUUUCUGGAGGAACACUGUUUAAAUAUAUAUAUUUUACCUCUUUUGUUAUGCCAUUGUUUUUGUUUUGGGUUUUUUUUUUUUUUUCUUCUUCAACAUGCAAAUUCCAAAACUUGAGUGAUCCUUUAUUUCAAUUUCCCUGUCAGGAAAAAUACGGCAUUCGAUGUAAUAACACAGACAUUUCUUGUACUUGUCAAAAGAGAAAAAAAAAAAACAGGAUAUCCUCGAUAUGAAGUGUCAUGAAGGUCUGUGGGGAGCGAUGUGUAUGAGAGACCGGCAGUGUAGACUGGAUAUUGAAUGGUGGAUGUUUUGUAUCGUCUCCUUAUCUCUAAUAAAAAAAAAAAGCACUAAACUA